CGCUCGUCAGGAAAGCAGAGAGAGAGAGAGAGAGGGGAGGAAACACGAGACGAAGGGGAGAGAGAAGCAGGAACGGAGCAGGGAAGAGGAGGGAAGGGGAGGGGACAGAUUGAAGCUUGCUUGAUAGCGAAGAGCUCCGACAAGAAGAAUUCUAUCAAGUAGGCGAGUCCGUUCAAGCAUUUGGCCGAUCGGAGUCGGGAAAAAUAGAGUGGGCUGUCGUCUAAUUUGGGACAGUGUACAGAAGGGUUCCCGAGAGCGAACAUCGAAGCCCAGAAUGAGGUGGAUAAUGCGGAAUCUAUUGGGAACGAAUUCAUAGCCUUCAAAAUGCAGGCAUCCGCCAUCGGGGCUUUGGCCCCGGUGAUGCUACUUUGUGCCGCGUUUGGGAGCUGGAGCAUAAUCUCUUUGUUCUUUCUGCUGGCCUUUUUUGUCGUCCAGUAUAAAUCUCAAAGACGAGCUCGGCAUGUUACUCCCCGGCCAUUGUUGUGGAUGUCUGUGGUGUUGUUGGCGACCGGUGUUAUUGUGACUGAAGGGUUCAUCGAAUUAGCAUGGGCCAUGGUGGGGAGCAAUUGGGACAUAUCGGAGUCACCAUGGCUGGAUUUGAUAGGACUCUCCCGACUGAAUCCAUGGGAGGGCAAUCUGGGCGUGUUUUUGUCCCUUCUUCCCCAGUUUGGUGUGGCAAUUACUGCAGCUUGUGCUUUGUACCACGAGCAACAAGCCAAUGGAAUGGCGGACAAUUUAUCUUGGGGCGAAGAAGGAUCUCAGUGGCGGGGCACUUUGAGGAACUUUUUGUUGCCAGCCGUUCAGAUUGUGGUUGGAGUUGCUCGCCCUUCCUGGAUAGCUCUUCCCUACUUCGUGUGCAGUUGUGUUGGACUUCUCCACUGGUCAAUGACUAGUAACUUUGUCGGCCUCUCCUGGGGUUGGAGACCAUUACUUUUGUGUACAGGAUGUCACAUUCUCUUGUUGUAUCUAUAUCAGUUGCCCAUCGCCUUCCCAGAUAGUUUGUCAGAAGUUGCUAGUUAUUUUGGUCUAUUUAAAGUUUCUGCCGUGGACUUCGGCUGGCCGGAAGGUCUUCAAGCUGCUGCUCUGGUAGCAUUGUACAUUUUGCUCUGUCUCGCCAUCAACGAUUUGCGAGAAGAGCAUUACAUUCGAGUGACAUCCGAAGACGUAUCUGGGCCUGAAGAUUCUCUACCCAGAUUUCAUAGUGACACGAUAUCCUCUUCAAGUAACCACAUCAGCGAUGAGGGCCUGAGUGAGAGGCUGCUUCCUGCUCAACUUCCAACAUCGCACAGAGACACAAUACAAUCUAGAAGGUGGGCUGGCGAUCAGAGAAGAGCGGUUGCUUUUCAGCAUGCUACAAUCAAUUUUAUUACCUAUGGUUUCCCGGUGUGUCUUAUUGCUCUAGUAUGCUGGAGCUUCAUCUAUGCCAGCCUCUGUGCUUUCGGCCUUCUGCUAUACGUGGGCUAUAUAUUUUAUGGCUUCCCAUCUGUUCUGAAAUUAAGGCAGCUGAACCCAGUGCUUCUUGUGUUCAUCUUAUCGUGGGCGCUCAGUACGUACGUCUUCAAUGCAGCUUUUACUGUCAUCAGUGAGCAGUCCGCGAUGGGAAUGGAGUUUUGGCAUUCUAUUGGACUGUGGCACUACUCUACGCCAGGACUAUUCAUUUUUGCGCAGUUCGCACUUGGAGUUCUCGUGGCAACUGAUAUAUUCGUGAGCAAUGUUAUAAUUCAAAGCAUGAGCGAGACAGACAGUCCAAAUGAGGAUCAAGGCCUUGCAGAAGAAGAUAACGAAGACUGGAAGGUUCUAAUACUGGCAGUAAUUGCUUGGUGCUUACGACGAAGCUCAUACGUUAUCUCUUUGGUAUUGAUAUUUACGGUGGGCAUGAAAGAUGGAUUGCUCCAUGCUGUCUACAUUGGCUUCUUCCUCAUGUAUCUGGUUAGUUCAGCAGUUGCGAAGAGAACACGGCAGUAUUUGAUUCUAUUUUGUGAGCUACAUUUUGCUGCUCUCUAUCUUUUGCAGCUGGACUGGAUAUCAAGUAUUAUUGAGCGCAACGAAGCUGUUUUGAAACCAAUCUUUUCUCAACUUGGUUUGUGGGGCAAAGCAAAGUUUCAGGAUUUUUUGAGCAUUGCAGCACUGCUCUGCUUCUUGGCGGUUCAAAGUCAUGGUUUCAAGGUGUUAAGCUCCCUGUCAGCAACUAUUCAGCAGAGUCCACAGCCACCUUUAGGAUGGGGUAUAUUGAGAGUUGGAAAUCGUCGAUCCGUUCUAAUGUCUGUCUAUGCAUCUCAGAACUUUGGGUAUCUUCAACAAGAAAGCAGCAACAAUGUGAACUGGGUAACGAAGCACCUUGCAGCCAUUGCGGAGAAAGUUCGCGCGACAUAUCGAUCUUUUGGCACAUAUAUUGUUUACGGGACAGUGAUCAGUGUGAUCUGUUUUGUUGAACCAAACUAUGUCUCCUUGGGAUACCUGUGUUUCUUGCUCUUCUGGGUAGUCGGGCGGCAGAUUACUGGCCAUACGACUUCUUAUCUUUGGUACCCUUUGAUGAUCUUCUCGGGAAUCGUUUUUGUCACUCGUUAUAUUUUAAGUGCCUUUCCGGAUCUUAGAAAGUUCUUGGAGAAUUGGUUUGCGUUAAACGAUGAUUUUGGCUUCAACCCUCACGAUUCCUUGUUUGGACAUCUGUGGGAUUCUUUGGCCAUUCUUGCUGUGAUGCAACUUUUCCGGUUUGAACGUGCACAAGUCGUUAUCCUUGCGGAAGAGGCAGACGGAGCUGGUGAUCAGUUCAAUCCUCAUCAUGGAUACAUUUCGUUUUUCAAGAGGUUCGCAAUUUUACACAGUGGGAAGGUUCUUACAUUGACGGUGUUUUAUGCGUCAAUUACACCGGUAAGCGCAACCGGAUUUAUGUAUCUUAUUAUGCUACUCGUCACCUGCAACAUGUCCAAAACUUCUCGACUCCCUGGACAGCUGUAUGCUGUUUACACUGCCAUUCUUCUAAGCAGUGAGUACCUAUUCCAACUCCUGGGACAGAGGUUGGAGAUGUUUCCGGGUCAAAGCCAUGGAAAUUUUGCCAGCUGGAUCGGGUUCCACGUGUAUGAAAAAGGCUACGUUGGGGUGGAGUCUGGGCUUCGGAGUAAAGUUUUAAUCUUAGUUGCCUGCAUACUUCAGUAUUGUACCUUCUAUUGGCUUGAGCAACUUCCGGCCUCUCUUCGUGUAGAUGAGCAGUACAAAGAGCCUUGUUUACUGUUUUUACCGCAUCUGCGGAGAAACCGUUCGAACUAUGGAACUUACCCAAUUGCUGUCGACCCUCGACAUGAGGGACCCCAAGCUGUCCAAGUUGGGCCAAAGAUUGCUCGUUUAGAUGACAGCAUAUCAGACGCAAUACCGCGCACUCCUGACAAAGUCACAGAUAUAUCCAGUACGGCCAGGAGUCAAGGUGGGGGAAUUUUCGUCGCAUCAACAUCGAAAUCCAACAUGAAAAGUCUAGAUACUGGCGGCGUUAAAGGUGAGCAGGCCUUUGCAGACAGCGAUAGGUCACGGAUGGGUUCCCCAUGGGGCAGUGCCAAAGAAUCGAGGCGUUGGACUAAACGAGCAAAUCUUCUUCAGAAGCAGGAUCGAUAUGAGGCUCAGUUAAGGACUUUGAGUAUCUACACCAAGCACACGCUCGAGCAUUUCUUCCAACUCUACGGACUGGAAAUCAGCAUGCUGGCAUUGUUAGUCGCUAGCUUUGCUGUACUUAACGUGAUUUCACUUUGUUACAUUCUCGUCCUUGGUCUAUGUAUACUCUUCAAACGACGAUCUCUUCGCAUCAUCUGGCCUUUGUUUGUCAUGCUCUUCGCCUGUGUGUUGAUAACGGAGUAUGCUGUGCUUGGGAAGGGUCCACCUUCGUGGAAUGUUCCUCCCAUUCUGAACGAAACGGAGGUUCGCUGCAACAAUUGUGCUCUUAGCUCCGCCGCCAAUUAUGAUUACUGCUGGCGAUGCUGGCUCGGAUGGGUUGUUGAUGAUCGCCAAAUCUUAGUCGCUCAUUUCAUGGUCUUUUUGAUUGCGAGUCUACAGCUUCGGGCUAACAUGGCAACUGGAGGUUUAGAUUCUAGAUCUUUCCAUGCUGCAAUAAUUCCACCCGAUGACAGGCUUGCUUGGAAGGAGAUUUCUUACGAAACCACGUCCCAGUGGACUUGGUUGGAUCAUGUCCGCUUCUUCUUCUAUCGGCACCUUUUACAUGUGGUUCUCCUCCUCGUUUUCGCUACAGGGACACUUCAGUAUGAUGUACUACAUCUCGGUUACUUGACAUUUUCUCUCAUCUUUUUCCGGAUGCGAAGCACCAUCAUGACUAAGCGCAAUUCCGUGUUCAUGUUUUUGCGCCUGUACAACUACAUCUUGAUAGUUGCGUCUUUACUCUAUCAGGCACCCUACUCUGGAUUCUUGGCUGGGGAAAAGUGUUCUGUAAAUGCUGAUAUCUAUAAUAUAGUCGGACUCUACAAGAUGAAGUUUGGAUUCCGUAUAACAGCACGGUCUGCCCUCGUAGAUAUCACCAUUUUUUGUGUAGCUGGACUGCAAGCACACAUUUUCCGGUCGAGGGAAUUUGAGCAGGUACUUAGAUAUCUGGAAGCAGAACAGGUCGAGGCAAGAGCACAUGCCCAGGAGAAUAAGGCAGCUUAUAAGAAGGAACACUUGCAGCGAAUUCGAGAAACAGAAGAACGGAAGCAGCAGCGGCGGUCACAAGUGGAGAAGAUGAAGACCGACAUGCUUCAUCUGCAAUUGCGGUUGGAUGUAUUGAACUCCACUGGAAAGUUCAGUGAAGUCGCGUCUCCCAUGAUUGAGUUAGAUGCUUGUGGUGGUCGUCAUCCAUCAUUUGUUCCUUUCACGAAUCCAGAUUCCAUGGUCCAUUCAGCAGAAGAUACUCAGAGUUCUCGAGGCCUAAAGAGGAUUACUUCAGAUCUAGCAGAGCCAAGCAAAUAUGUAGGUCCAAAAGUAGUCCAGCCUAUAGCACAUUCCGAGAGUGUUGGAGAUUUCCAGGUGAGAAGAAGAAGAAGGGUUUCUUGGCAGGGACCACAAACCGAGGGGGCUACCUCACCCAACUCUGCAGGUAAGUCACUAAGAUUACCAGGACCAUCUGCUCCUCUACGCAGAGCUGCUACGGAUGCCGAUGGUCAAUUUGAGACCAUUAUGGACGCUGGCGAAGAAUCUGCAUCGUUGCAAGGCACAGGUAGCCCUGAGCACAACAAGAAGUUUGAAGAUCAGUGGCAAAAACAGAGGCUCUUGUCUGGUGUGCAGCUUUUAGGAGAUGGAGUUGCCCAGGUUCAAAAUUUAGGGAAUAAAGCACUCUCCGGUAUUAUGGGAUUCUUAAAUAUAGAACCAGAAGAUGAUACAGAAACUUCUUCCACCGACGAGGAGGGAAAGCCCUCCGCACCUGAAAAGAAGCCCAACCCUUAUGAACCCAAUCCUUUUCAGACUGACGCACCUUAUGAGGAUCAACAAGCAGAUUCUCAAGCCGAAAAACAACGCAUGAUUGAUACUUGGAGGCGCAUCAGCAUGCUUUGCCAGUACUUUUGGUCACAGGUCUCUUCUAACACUGAUAUCGUCUGUUACUUCUUCUUCGUCAUCGCGUACACUUGGAACUUCAGCUUUCUUACGCUCGUAUUCCCUGCUACUCUUUUCCUAUACGCGCUUCUCGCCAAUCCUGGUCCGAGUCAACAUUUCUGGUUUGCCAUGCUUGUCUAUACAGAAAUUAACAUCCUGCUCCAGUACAUGUAUCAAAUCCAUGUACAAAAUUGUGAAGUCAAGGAUGUAUCUGUAUGGCUCAUCAAGCUAGGUAUUCCUGGAUCACCUAUGGAACACUCUUUUGUUAUCAGUGUCCUCCCCCUUUUCCUGGUCUAUCUCGCUACCUUAGUUCAAAGUUCUAUCAAAGCGAGAGAUGGAGAGUGGUUGUUUGUCAGUGAGUCUCAUUCCUUUCCAUCCUCAAGGCGUCUCUUAGAUAUGGAAGGCCAGACUGGGAUCCACCGUAUACCUUUGAAAGACCGACUGUGGAAGAGCGUUCGAUGGAUAACAGACGCUGGGUCUAGCGUCAGAAGGGGACUUUCAAGGUACUGGCAGGCCUUACGCACUGGGUCUGAAGCUCCCCCACAUUUUGUUCAAGUGUCGAUGCUUGUUGGGAAGUGGCCCGAAGAUGGCAUUCAACCAGAGAGAAUCGAAUCUGGAAUCAAUAGGCUUCUCACAGCAGUUCGCCGGUCAUCCAAUGUCCCUUCUUGCCAAGAAAAUGAGAACUUCAAGGAUGUGUGUAGUCGUGUCCGUGUGGAGAGUAUAGAGAACAGUCCAGGAAAGCCAAAUAUGGCUCUCGCGGUCUUGGAGGUGAUUUAUGCCGCUCCUCCUAGGGGUUACACGCCAGGCGCAUUCCAUCACACCCUUACUCCAGCCGCAGACGUUGCGGCUGAGUUACAGAGAGCGAAAGAUGAGGGUUUGGUAGAAGAGACUGCUUUCGCAUAUCCUAUCGUGUCGGUGAUUCCUGGUGGCAAGCGGGAGGUGGAUUUAUACGCUCUAAUCUUUGGAACAGAUCUUAUCGCAUUUCUCUAUGUGGCGCUGUUUUAUCAAUCCGCUAUGAAGCACAGUGAGCAGCUCCUUGAAGUAUAUCAAGUGGAAGAUCAGUUCCCGAAAGAGUUUGUCUUCGUUCUUAUGACUCUUUUCUUCUUGAUGUUGGUGGACCGCGUUCUUUAUCUAUGCUCUUUCGCCACAGGAAAAGUCAUCUAUUACUUCUUCAGUUUUGCCCUGUACACGGCCUAUGUCUCCGAUUUUGUCUGGUCCGUACUUGGAGCACCAGGAACUCCGAAACACUUCUUUCAGCUGUUGCCCCUCCGGGGAUUCUAUUUGAUGAAGGCUCUAUCCUUGGCUUUACAAGCUGUACAGCUGAAGUUCGGUUUACCACAUAAGAGUACUCUAUUUGGACAGUUUCUUACAAGGAAGGUCAACUCCACAAGUUGGCUUGGUUUUCGCCUUUAUAGAGCCUUGCCCUUCCUGUACGAACUGCGCUGUGUCCUGGACUGGUCUUGCACAACGACUGCUCUUUCGAUGUAUGACUGGCUGAAGCUGGAGGAUAUCUAUGCAAGUCUGUAUCUUGUGCAAUGUGAUAUAAAAAUGGUCCGUGAGAAGCAUCGACUCGGCGAAAAACAGGGUGUCUGGAUAAAAUUUUGCAGUGGAGUGCUGCUUUUUUUUACGCUGAUAGGGAUUAUCUGGGCUCCCAUGCUGGCUUACAGCAGUGGCAAUCCAACCAAUAUCAUAAACCAGAUCAAUGAUGUGCGGGCCAGGAUUGAAGUCAAGACUGCGGGUGGCAAGUUCCCAAUUUUCCAAACGGGACUUUGUCAAGUCCCUUUUCUGGAAGACGUUCUACAGCCAGACUCUACUCCAGAACCUUUCACCGAUCCUUACGCAUUUUUGACCUCUUCCUCUUACGAUAUAAGGGACGUACAACUUAUAUGCUGUGAAGAGGAUGCUGAUUCACUCUGGAUGAUACCGCCCCCCACGCUCAAGAGUUUGAUGGAUUCUAUAGAUGAUGACAUCAUGUUCCAGACAAGAUGGGAGUUCAAUCGAGAUAGGCCUAAGGGAAAGGAAGUAGCUGCUGUUCCAUCGGACGUCAUAGGCAUGAACUCCUCGUUGAUAGCGCAGCAGUUGAGGCAGGUUCUGAAUGGUACCCUUAAUUCAUUCAGAAUUGCCAAUCUGUACCCGCGUUACUUUAGAAUCCCUGGUUCAGGAGAUGUGCGUGUGCUCGAGGGAACAGUCGACCCUUACUUUGAUUCGACUUGGAGGGCAGGUUACGUGUCAGGCAACUUGACCCUUAAUAAAGGUGUAUAUUCGUGGUGGUCUUUCACACGUGACGAUGCAUUCAAAGGGGAUGGUUGUGGGAAUGCCAAGGGCCCUGUCGCUUUCACGGUGUCUGAAGAAGUGCCGAAGGGAAUUAUCGGAGAGACGCUGAGCAAGUUCAGCAUCUGGAGUUUGUACAUCACAUUUGUGCUAGCUGUUGGUCGCUUCAUUCGACUUCAGUGUUCUGAUAUACGAAUGCGCAUUCCCUUUGAAAAUUUUCCGGCGUGUGAUAGGGUGGUUGCGAUUUGUGAAGACAUUUAUGCUGCUAGGGCAGAGCGAGAGUUGGAGUUGGAGGAAGGACUAUUUUGGACAUUGAUUAAAAUUUAUAGGUCCCCCCAUAUUCUUAUGGAGUACACAAAAGUAGAGUAGGUCUUACUGUUCAAUAUCAAAUUAGUUUCACAAGAGUGAACUCCCUGAUCCGCUCAAAAAGGAUAGUAGUCAGACGACUGUGCAUUAGGAUUUAGAGUUCACUGAGCCAGAUCAAUCUCGGUUUCAUUCAGCCCUAGCAUUGAUCUGGCCUUCGGUGUCAGCCACAAAAAAUCUGACUCAGUUGCGCACCCCGGCAUUUGUACAGUAUUCUUCCGAGAAAUCAAAUCUGCAAGUCUCCGAGCGUCUAAGAUUGACAGAUAUGAUCAGUUUUUUCGAUUAUUUCCCCACCAUUAUUGUGACAGAUUACGAAGUUGAACAUCCAGAUUGUACGGACCAACAAUUUGGAGAAGACUUCGACCUAUUAGUACACUACUUACUUUGUUUUCUUGCCGCCAACAAUAGAAUCUCCAACUCAGACACGAAAAUAGCAACACCGAAGUUAAGUAGUCCGUUCAUAUGCAUUAAUUCUGGCCCGGUUAAUCACCUUACCGGGUGCAGUGUCUUGCGGCUUUGAUAACCUUUUAUCUCGUUGACAUGCUAAGCCGGACUCCGCAGAACAGACUCACGUUUGUGAUCAAGUCCACCAUGGGUUCUGCCAUGAAGUUUCAUUUUAUUCUAUCACGAGAAUGAUGAAAUUUAGAUGAACCGGCGAUGGAUUCAUUGGUAGGACGGUUCAAGGCAGGAUUGUGCAGGCGUUUCGACUGGCUUCUCAUAUGGUUCGCCUGAACGAGUGUAUGUAUAUUCUACUUCUUGCUUCUGUUGCAUUCACUAUAUCCGACUGUCACAACCACUUGGGACAAACAUUGUCUGAUGCGAGC